AUGGGCCGCCUCCCGCUGGAGCCCUGGCUGCAGCCGCUGCUCAGCCCCGUGGGCCUGGCCCUGGCCGCGGCCCUGCUGCUGCUGCUCCUGUGGCUGCGCGGCCGGCGCACCAGGAGACCUGGUGAGCCUCCAUUGCUAAAAGGCUGGCUUCCUUACUUUGGACUGGCCCUGAAAUUACAAAAAGAUCCCAUCGGCUUCAUGAGAACUCUUCAAAAUCAACAUGGCGACACGUUCACUCUUCUCCUGGGAGGAAAGUACAUAACAUUUAUUCUGGACCCUUACCAAUACCAGUCAGUGAUGAAGAAUCAGAAAUUAAGCUUUCGGAUGUUUAGUAAAAAUAUAUUAAAGAAAGUAUUUUCCAUCCAAAAGUUGAUGACCGAUGAUGACCUGAACGACGAGCUUCAUGACUGCUAUAAACUUUUACAAGGGAAAUCUUUAGACCUACUUAUGGAAAACGUGACACAGAACCUACACCAAGUUUUUGAACCGAAACUAUUUAAAACCACAAAUUGGGAAAUGGCAUACCUGUUGACAUUCUGCAGCUCAGUAAUAUUUGAGACCACAUUUGCAACCAUAUAUGGAAAAUCUGCUGCUGGUGAUAAGAAGGAAUUUAUUACUGAACUUAAAGAUGAUUUUUUUAAAUUUGAUGCUAAGUUCAUAUAUUUACUAUCAGAUAUACCCAUUGAGCUUCUAGGAAAUGUCAAGUCUAUUCAAAAGAAACUUAUAAGACACUUGACAUCAGAAAACUUGGCUAAUAUACAAGGAUGGUCAGAAGUUGUUCAAAUGAGACAAGAUAUCCUGGAGAAAUACUAUACAUUCAAAGACUUUGAAAUAGGAGCACAUCAUUUAGGCUUUCUCUGGGCCUCUGUGGCAAACACUAUUCCAACUAUGUUCUGGACGAUCUAUUACCUUCUACGGCACCCAGAAGCCAUGGCGGUGCUGCGUGACGAAAUUGACCAUUUGCUGCAGUCAACAGGUCAAAAGCAAGGGUCUGGAUUUUCCAUCCACAUCACCAGAGAACAAUUGGACAGCCUGGUCUACCUAGAAAGUGCCAUUCUCGAGGCUUUGCGUCUCUGCUCCUUUUCGUCCAUCAUUCGUUUUGUUCAAGAGGAUUUGACUCUGCCUUCAGAGACUGGGGACUACCUCAUACGAAAGGGAGACCUGGUUGCCAUAUUCCCUCCACUCAUGCAUCACGACCCUGAAAUCUUUGAAGCUCCUGAGGAGUAUCAAUUUGACCGUUUUGUAGAAAAUGGCAAGAAGAAAACCAACUUUUUCAAAGGAGGCAAAAGGCUGAAGCAUUACGUACUGCCAUUUGGAAUGGGAGCCAGCAAAUGCCCAGGCCGGUUUUUGGCAAUCAAUGAAAUAAAGCAAUUGUUAGUUGUGCUCUUAACUUAUUUUGAUUUAGAAAUAAUGGAUGAUAAACCUGUACAACUGGACUACGGCCGCUUCUUGAUUGGUAUUCAGUACCCAGAUUCUGAUGUUUUAUUUAGGUACAAAGUCAAAUCUCAAAGAAGCUAA